GUAUAAAUGAACUAAAUAAUCUUGCACGCGUUCAGCAUUACGUGUCAAAAAUCGUAAAAAUGAAGACGAAUUGGAUUUUCUAUGUAGUGAUGAUUAUAUCUUUAAUCUUAAAUUUGACAAUAGCUGACGUAAUAAAUAAAAACUUGGAAAGAACUUUAGAUAUUACUUCACAACUCGUAAAGACAACAUACAAAUUAACAGUCGAAGAGACAUCCGGAAAACCUAUAAAGGAUUAUGAGUUUAUUGUAAGAGAGCCAAACUUAUCUUACAUUUCUGUCAAAGAUGGAUUUAAUAAAAAAGUGGAAAUGGAAGAGAAUCAUGAAGAUGGAAGCAACUUGUUAAAAUUUAAUCUAACUUUUUCCGAAUUUUCUUCUAAGCAAACAUUACUCAUAGAAACAGUUUCGACUAAAAAUAUACUAGCAUAUCCAUCACAUAUCAAACAAAAUGAUAAACAAUUAGUCAAAUUUGUGGGUAGUCUUUACCUUUAUUCCAAAUACCAAACAUAUGCGCAAAAAACCAACGUUAUACUCAGUUCGUCAAAUAUAUUAUCACAUACUCAAGCUAAGCCGUUUUUAGUAUCGUCGAAUAAAAUAUUUUUGGGACCGUAUGAAAACAUCGAAAGAUUAGCAGAUGAGGAGUUGGUUAUUCACUAUGAAAAUCAAUCGCCAUUUUUGACAGUAAACACAUUGGGUCGUACUAUUGAAGUAUCACAUUGGGGUAAUAUUGCCGUUAAGGAGUCAAUUCAUAUGACACACACCGGUGCUAAACUUAAAGGAUCUUUUUCGCGAUAUGAUUUUCAAAAGGAUGGUCGUUCUGGACAAUCAGCUGUUAAAUCAUAUAAAACAUAUUUACCGGCAUCCGCAUUUGGUGUAUACUAUCGUGAUACCAAUGGUAACAUUUCUACAUCAAAUAUGAAUUUAUUACGGGACUCGGUUGAACUAGAAUUACGGCCUAGAUUUCCAUUAUUUGGGGGAUGGAAAACACAAUACAUUCUUGGCUACAAUGUACCGUCUUAUGAGUAUUUAUUCAGCUCUGGCAACGAAUAUUUGCUAAAAAUGCAUCUUAUUGACCAUAUUCACGACAAUAUGUCAAUCGAUGAAGCCGUUGUAACUAUUAUAUUACCAGAAGGUUCAUCAAAUAUUGAACUUGUAACACCAUAUAGCAUAAAACGGCGUCAAAACGACUUGAUUCAUACCUAUUUGGAUACUGUGGGACGUCCUGUCGUUUCUUUCUCGCAACAAAAUUUAGUGGAAAGUCACAUUUCACAGUUCACUCUUAAAUACAGAUUUUCAAAGAUAUCACUGCUACAAGAACCAUUUUUAGUUAUUUUGUUUAUUUACAUUAUAUUUCUCUUUACUAUUGCUCUGCUUCGGCUAGACUUUUCUCUUACAUCUCAUUUCCAUAAAGAUUAAAAAUAAUUCUUUAUAAGACAUUAAUAUCAAAUAUGUUCUUUUAUUUACGAAAAUCAAAUAAAAAGCAAAACAUUUACAUUAA